UGUGUGUGUGUGUGUGCAGGCUGAUCAGCUGACAGAGGAGCAGAUUGCAGAGUUUAAGGAGGCCUUCUCCCUGUUCGACAAAGAUGGAGACGGAACCAUCACCACCAAGGAGCUGGGCACAGUGAUGCGCUCCCUGGGUCAGAACCCCACGGAGGCGGAGCUACAGGACAUGAUCAACGAGGUGGACGCUGAUGGAAACGGAACAAUAGACUUCCCAGAGUUCCUGACCAUGAUGGCCAGGAAGAUGAAGGACACGGACAGUGAGGAGGAGAUCAGAGAAGCCUUCAGAGUCUUUGAUAAGGAUGGGAACGGUUACAUCAGCGCGGCUGAGCUGCGUCACGUCAUGACCAACCUGGGAGAGAAGCUGACGGAUGAAGAGGUGGACGAGAUGAUCCGAGAGGCAGACAUCGAUGGAGACGGACAGGUCAACUAUGAAGAGUUCGUACAGAUGAUGACGGCCAAGUGAAGAGUUCUGUCAAU